GUCCUGUUCGGCACAACUUCUCUUUCCUUUACCUCUCGUUGAUACACUCUUUUUGCAGACGUCUGUUCUGCGUCCUUUCAUUGAAAGCAACACAUUCAUUUUCAGCUUUGCCCUUUUCCAAGGAAGCGUCCAUUCCUGAUAUACCAGACAUAGUGCAGAAAGAUAUCAGUCAUGCCAUCAUUCGCCUCUCUUGUCCUUGCCGCAACCGGCCUCUUCGCCGCGGCAACCAACGCCCAGUUCAACGCCGCAGCAAAGACCAAUGUGGCCAUCUACUGGGGUCAAGGACCGAACCAGCUUCGUCUAUUGGAGCACUGCAAGCGUCCGGCGGUAGACAUCAUCAACAUCGGAUUCAUCAACCAAUUUCCGGAUCAGACUGGCAGUUAUCCAGGAUCAAACUUUGGAAACGCCUGCUACGCCAACGUCUACAGUGAUCCUAAGACUGGUCAGCCGACGAAGCUCUACUCGCAAUGCCCGUAUGUGACCUUCAUCCAGGACUCCUGGGCACGAUCGCGGAACAUCGGUCCAGAUAUCAAGGCCUGCCAACAGACGUACGGAAAGAAGAUCCUCCUGUCAAUCGGCGGCGCAUACCCCCAAAACUACUACCUCAAAUCCGACACCUCCGCCAACGCCUUCGCCGACUUCCUCUGGAAAGCCUUCGGCCCCGUCCAAACCGGCUACACCGGACCCCGCCCCUUUGGCGACGCCGUCGUCGACGGCUUCGACUUCGACAUUGAGUCCUACAUCUCCCCCGCCCCCUCCGGCGUGUCCGACUACCAAACCCGUGGCUACAUCUCCAUGAUCAACCGCUUCAAAAACGUCCUCUUCAAACAGUACACAUCCAAAUCCUUCUAUCUCUCCGCCGCACCGCAGUGUAUCGUUCCCGACGCACACUUCGCCACGGUAAUGAAGUCCGCCUGGUUCGACUUCAUGUUCAUCCAAUUCUACAACACGCCGCAAUGUUCCGCGCGGGCGGCGAUUAACAAAGCCAAAGGGACGGGAACCGCGGACAUAUCGUUCGACACAUGGCACAAUUCCCCGGCGUCGCUCAAUCCGAAUGUGAAAUUCUACAUCGGUUUGCCGGGAGCGCCGGCCGCCGCGGCGAGUGGGUAUUAUCUCAACCCCGCGGAGGCGCAGAGUGUGAUCAGGAGGUUUUUUGGGAGGGCGAAGUUUGGAGGGGUGAUGGUUUGGGAGGCGACGUAUGAUUAUACGAAUACGGUUUGUGGGAGGCCGUAUGGGGGGAUCAUGAAGGUAAGCAUCGACCGUGUCUCGGAAACCAUUCCCUUCUGCCAUGCCAUGGAUGUUUGAGACGCCUGCUGACUUGUCCUCUUCUUGCUUUGAAGGAUAUUCUGAAAGCGUUGGCGAGUGGGACGAGUGUCAACACGGCGAAUUGUGGAGGGACGAUUAAGAGGAGACGGGCGACGUUGGAGGAGAGGAGGGAGGAGAUUAGGGGAAGGACUAGGGGCAAUAGAGAUGCG